ACAGUGUGGAAAGAGAUUUAAUGAAAAGCAAAGUUUUCAGCGACACCAGCGCAUUCAUCUAGGACAUCCCAAUCCUUGGCCUCAAAGCAGCUCCUCAAUCACUCAGUGGCUUUUAAAUACUUCCUCACCUUAAAUACUUCCUCACCAUACCUACUGUGAAGCAUGGGCGUGGAAACAUUGUGAUUUGGGGCUGCUUUUCUGCAAAGGGACCAGGACGACAGAUUGGUGUAAAGGAAAGAAUGAAUGGGGCCAUGUAUCAUGAGUACAAGUCAGCAGUCUUCCCCAUGAUUGUGUAGACUUCUGACACAUACUGAGAGACACAUAGGACAUCCCAGUCCAUCCCAGUUAGUAUGUCGCUUAAUCGAGUGUCAUUAGAGAGAUUUCUUGUUUAUUCUUGAUUAUUUUAACAGUGUUUGCGUUGUGUGCACGUAAGUGGUGGAAAGAGUGGAGGAAGAGUAACUGUGUAAGAUGAGAAGGAGGAGAGGGGAGCUUACUUUAGAUUUACACACACACAGCGCCUGCACGCACAAACGGGAACACUUAUCUGUCGGGAUUUAUUUUUACUUUUUCAAGUUUUUAAAGUUAAAGUGCAGGUUUAAUAAUUUGUUUUAUUUUUACUUAAUAUUUUGUAUAAAUUAAUUAUUUUUUUGGGCUGUGAAACGAAUAAUUUGAGUUUCCAUUAUUUAUUAUGGGAAAAUUUGGAUUUGGUUUACAAGUGUUUUGGAAUCCAAGGUUCUACUGUACAGUAUAUUAUACUAAUUGGUGCGCCUAAUUGGAUCUCCAUCAUGUGGAAAUCAGGGGCCUUUUACACCAAGUUGUAGCUGUGAACCAGUCACAAUAGAUGACAUAACUUAAUAGCUACCAUCCUGUCAGUUUCUGUUAAAUUGAAACAGUAAGUAUGAGGUAAAAAGUGUUCACUAUCUGGCUGAAGAGAAGACGUGGGACAUGUAGAGGGUCAUGCCAGUUAUAUAGCCCUUGUUCAACGUAUCUUAACCUUACUCUUUCAAUCCAUUUUUUCUUAUGGACUUGUUCGGUUCCCUUAGAAUAUGCAAAUAUGAGAUUUUAAGAGCAUGGUUUACCACUGUCAGGUGUUUACAUUUUGUUUUGUAAUAAUUACGGAUUAUACCUAGCUCAUAAAAAUGUAAAAUCUGUUAUCUCAAAAUGGUAUGCUGAUCGUGAUAUUACUGUGCUUGCUUGACCUGAUUCUCCUUGGGUCAAGAGAAAGAUGAGAAACACCUGACCCAAUAAUACAGAUUACCUGAAGGCUGCUAUCAAUGCAACCUGGUCUUCAAUAAUGCCAAAAGUGCCACAGGCUGAUCAUCUCCAUGCCAUGUCUUAUUGAUGCAAUAAUUUGUGCUAAAGGAACCCGGACAAAGAAUUGAGUGCAUAAAGUUUUGACCCGGAGGAAACCCACCAAACAUGUGGAGAACACAAACUGCAUGCACACAGAGACGGGUAUCGAUCCUGGCAGGGAAUCGAACUUAGACCCUGGAGCUGCAAGAUGAUAGUGCUAACCACUACAACACCGUGCCGCCUUUAUAGAACUCAUAGUUGUGAUAUUUUACUACAUUAUAAAAAUAUCUACAUUACCUACAUUAACUAAAUACACAGGGUUUUUUGUCAUCACAUAGAGCCUCAAUACAGAGUAGUAGUGAGCCAGCUGGUUAAAAUACUGUUAGCUAUAAAAUUCUAAUGAACUAAUAACACUGUUAAACUCGCCUCAACGUUUUUUAAAACCUAAUUAUAUGAAACUGCAAUAUUUUUUUCUGGUCAUCCAGAAGGAUUUACAAGCUGUACUGAUGCAGUGACAGAAUCCCCCAGCAGGGGGCAGUGUGAACAUUAAUCCCUGCCGUAAUCUCACAACAGAAGAAGAAGAGACAGAGGAAGAGUGUUUUUUCUCUCUUAGCUGUGCUUUCUCACUGAGAUCCUCCUUUUCCAGAAACACGACCCUUUAGACCUCAGAAGACCUUAUAAUGGAAUCAGCAGAGGUUGGACUGUGUUCUUCUAAAACACCUCCAUGCACUCCUGGUCCUGCUGGCUCACAGCUUUGUGGGGACGUGCAGACAGAAACUUGUCAGGCUUCAGGUGGAGCCUCUGUGGAACACAUCACCCCUGUGGACCUUCAGAAGAAUGUAAAGAAGGAAGAAAGUGAAGAUGAAGACUACCUCUGUGAAGCUCUGUCAGGCCCUGUGGGACACAUCACACCUGUGGACCAACAGAAUCAAAUAAAAAAGGAAGAAUUAGAAGAAGAGACGUUCUGUGGUGGUGCAUCAAACUCUGUGGAAAAUGUAGAUGAACAGAAUGGAGGAUUUGAAAUAAAGCAUAUAAAAGUCAAAGAGUCUCAGGAUGAAGACUACCUCUGUACAACAACAGACUGGGAAUUGAAUGAUGGCCAGGUACCACUCUUCUCCUGCUCCUGGUGUUCGUUUGCCAGUUCGUCUCAAAUUUACCACCAAAAACACAUUAGAAGAUGCCACUAUGAGGAACAUGAGAGACAGCUACAGUCAGGAGAGUUAAAAGACAAGAAAAAACAUAUCACCACCAUAAGCUCAUGUAUUCAGGAAACAGCCUCUGUUACUCUUAACAGUAACACCUAUAAUAAGCAAGUGCAGAAAGAUGUCUAUCCCUGCUCACAGUGUGGGAAGAGUUUUACAAAACACUAUAAUCUCCAGCAACAUCAGCGCACUCACAGUGGAGAAAAGCCGUAUCAGUGCUCAGAGUGUGGAAAGAGUUUUAAUAAACAGGAUCAUCUCAGGACACACCUGCAUAUUCACAGAGAAGAAAAACCCUAUCAAUGCUCGUACUGUAAGAAGAUGUUUAUAUAUAAGGGUAAUCUCAUCGCACAUCAGCGCAUUCACACCGGAGAUAAACCAUAUCACUGCUCAGAGUGUGGAAAGAGUUUUAAUCGACAGGACAAUUUUCAGCGACACCAGCGCAUUCAUUUGGGAGAGAAACUUCACCAGUGCUCACAGUGUGGGAAGACAUUUGCAGAGAAAAGUAGUCUUGAAGUACACCAGCGAGUUCACAGUGGCGAAAAGCCGUAUUACUGCUCACAGUGCGGGAAGAGUUUCAGUCAACAGAGUAAUCUCAAAACACACUUGCGCAUUCACACAGGAGAGAAGCCGUAUCAGUGCUCACUGUGUGGGAAGAGCUUUAAUCAACAGGCCAGUCUUCAGCAUCACCAGCGCAGCCAUUCAGGAGAAAAGCUGCACAAGUGCUUGCAGUGUGGGAAGAUGCUGACAACAAAAACUAGUUUGAAAGUACAUCAGCGUAUCCACAGUGGAGAGAAGCCGUAUCACUGUGCAGAGUGCGGCAAGAGUUUUAAACAGCUAAGUUGCUUCAAAACACACAUGCGUAUUCACACAGGAGAGAAGCCGUAUCAGUGCUCACAUUGCGGAAAGACGUUUAUAACGAAAGGUAACCUGAAAGUUCAUGAGCGCAUCCACCGUGGAGAGCAGCUGUAUGUCUUCACACAGUGUGGGGAGGGUUUUAAUCAAAUCAGUACUCUUGAACAACCACAGAGUCUCCAUAUAUCGUAGAUUUAUUCACAUAUCGUAGCAAAUUGUUUACUCAUGUGCCUUCAAAAGCCAAGUACUCCAGCAUGAGGUCAUUAACUUCAUACAUUAUCUGAUCUUUCUCUAGUAAACUGAUUUUAAUGAGUACAAUGAUUUGUGUAAGGGAAUUAAAUUAAUGUCUGUACUAUAUGUUCUGAGUACUUAAGAGUUUCUGCUGAGAAUGUGUGCUGCUGGUUACUGUAAUUAUGGUUUAUGAAUAGGGAAAAUUACAGUUAAUUAUGUAAAACUAUCACAAUAUGCACUUGUGCAAGUAUUUAAUUACAAACGGUUGUGAUUUAUUACACGUAAUAUACACAUACACAGGAAUUUAUGUAGAGUUUGUCAAUGGCCUGAGUUAAUUUUGAAUUAAUAAAUAUUUGCAAACAUCCUCUUAAUGACAUCAUUUGCCGAAUGAUGAGUUGUGCCCAAGUCUUGCACUCUAAGAUUUUAUUCAGUCACUAUUAGCAUUGAUUAUACACACAAUGUGGUGUUGAAGUUCAUCUGUAAAAAUUAUGUUUCUUGCUUCCAAACCAAGUCCUGGAAUAUCCCUGUUCCAUUGUGGAAGAAAACCUCCAUAGAUGUAAAAACCUGGUGAUUCAGUACAUUCAUGUGUUCAGCUGACUAUUUUAUUUCCACAUAACGUUACUGAGUCUUGACCUCUCUAAAGAACCCCAGAUCAUAACACUGUCUCCAGAGGCUUGUACAGUGGACACUAUGCAUGAUGGGAGCAUCGCUGCAUGCGCUUCCCUUCUUACCUUUUUCCAUUACUCCAACUUUAUGCUCCCAGCAAACUGAAGCCUUUUUUGUGAUGGGUCUCAAAAACAAGUAGUUUUCUUAUGAACACACUUGUGUAUAUGAAAAUAACC